AUGUGGCCACACAGGAAACCGCUCAAGCACCUUAUUUCGUCUCCAUGUUUUCUUUUGGAGCUGCGUUGGAGGCUGCAAAGCAUCAGCAAGAGUGCUGACGAGGCGUGGAUGAUGUGGGACGGUCAUCAGAAGGGGUUUCCCGUACUCUUGCAGCCGGUGGCCCUGCUGGAUCGUCUUGUGGCAUAUCGGCACAGUGACGUAACACUGCCGCGAGAAGCAGUGCUUUGGACCAUCUCGGAGGUGGACAUCUACCUUGGCAGCUUGGGAUUUAUUCGGCCCAGCCGAGAGUCCUCAUUAAUGCGGAGUUCAAAGAGGCUGGUGCGCGCUCUGCGAGGUGGCUACAAGCCCCUGGAAUUUCGUGUAGACCAAAGCGGAAAGGACAGCGGGGUCUUCUCUUCGAUCGAUGUUGAGAAAGGCGACUUGGUGGAACUUUGCCCACUACAUGAGGUGCCUGCACAUCUCCGUGCCAUCAGCAAAGUGCUACAGCGGAUCACGGUACCUAUGCAGUGUGAUGCUUCCCGCUUUGCCAUCGUGCUUGGAUUUGGGAAAGUCUAUGGCACAGCACAAACGCCGAACCUGCAUUGGAGCUAUAGGCGUGAUGAUGAGGUGGUGCUUUGGGCUGCCGAGGACAUCCUCGGUGGGCGAGAGCUCACCGUGGACUUCAACUCCCCCCCGAAGCCCUUGGAGCUUGCAGGGACGCCGCCCUCCACGUGGCAGAAGCCGCCGCAGAAGCCAGGGAGGUUGGCCAAUUCCGGCUUUGUGGUGCAUGGGGAGUCCAGCAUCCAUGGGCGUGGAGUAUUCACAACCAAGGAUGCUGCCGCCGGAGAUCUUCUGGAGAGUUGCCCGGCGGUGCUGAUGGACGAAGGUGCUGCUGAAGCCAUGUUCAGCUAUCGCUGGGGCCUGAAGAAUAACGAGAACAGCAAGGACUACUACCUACCAUUAGGCCUAGGUUCCUUGUACAACCACUCAGAAUCACCGAAUGCAGCUGGGCAAUUGGAUGUGAAGCGCUCGGUCUUAGAGUUCCGCGCAGUGACGGACUUGUACAAGGGCCAAGAGGUCUUCGUCAGCUAUGGCGACUCGUACUUUGAUGAAGAUUAUGAAGGCCACAGGCGUUCGGAGUUACUUCAUGUCGACAGGGCGGUGCAGGGAGACCGGCACACGCAGCAGCUGGUGGAAUGCCAGCGUGCCCUGGUGCGGGCAUUCGAAGGAGUGGAGUUUCAGAAGGAGCUCAAAGACCGGGCCAUGAUGAGGGCACGUGCCUUCAAAGAAGGCCGGCAACCUUCGAACAUCGCUGGUGGCAAGAGGUCGGUGCAUGCCUUGAUUAUGGAGGUUGAGGAGCCCAUCUUGGAGCGCUAUGGCUAUGCGCGUGGCUUUGCCGGUGCCAGAGCGAUGGAGCAGGACUUGCUGAAGGCAGCUGCUCAGCAGGGCAAGGACUCGGAGAUCAUUCGCAACAAUGCGCACUUGGGGCAUCUCCUACACAGAUAUGACCCGCCACCAGAUCAAUAUCGCCGCAGCAUGCAGUUGCAGCUCACAAUCUUGGGUGCCCCUGUGAAGCCCAACACCUCCUUGAGCCUCUCUGUGCCAGUCGAGGCACCCUGUGGAUUUGUACGCUUUAUUUUGUACAAGUCAAUGGGGAAGGAGGUGGAGGUCCAAGCCUCAGUGCUUUCAACGUUUCACACAGGUGUUGGGAAGACCUCGCACACCACUCCCCCGGAGUGCGAACAUGUGGGGACGGACGGGUGGCUACUGCUAGCCUUUAACGAGGAUUUGCAGACCUUGCACCGUGAGGUGGAGGCUGGCGCUGAAGAGCUGGGCUUAGAGCUUCCCAAGUACUUGGAUGCCUCCAGCUUUUGGGAGACGCCACUACGUGCCAGUGCCCUGGCUCGCCAGCUGCCAAGGGCAUUGGAACGUCUCCAGGCAGUCCGGGGCAAUAUGCCUAGGGCCACCGAUCAUCAACUGCGCUGUGGAGGCGCUACAUCUGCCAGGUAUUUGAGACAGCUCCGCCGCAACGUUUUGCAGGCUGGACGCUGCGUGUCCGGCUGGCGAUGGCUGGAUACCGACAAGACAUCAGUAGUGACAGCUGAGACUGAAGAGGCUGCUCGACGUGUUGUGGGUGCCGCUCUGCAGGCAUUGCUGUGGGUCCUGGACGCGGAGAUGCGACGUGCAUUUGUGGUGGGCCGACCCCCUGGACAUCACAAUGGCUGUGACGAGCGCUUGGAGGCUGAAAUGGAAUCACAGCGCCACGGGCAGCCAACAUCGAUAUAUGUAAAUAUAGAUGUAUAA